AUGGAAUUUUUGGAAGCGUCUGCGUGGGAACUUCCACUGGAAGAGGUGAAAUGCAUUUGUCCUGGGCUGGAGCCUGGGGGAAUAUUCAGGCAUUUGCGAGGCAUCUAUUAUGUGACCCGCAACUUUCCUUUACUGGAACGCGUUCCUCUGGUAGCCCAGGGGGAGCAUAGAGGGUUGGCAAGCUCAAGCAGUGUAGCUGCCUGCUCGCGAGAUUCAUCUUGUGAUUGCCGGCCAGCCCCGCACUCUUAUGAUGGCAGGGUCGUCUCGUUUUACAUCGCCCUCGAGACAGCGCUUGGGCCUGGCUGGGGCGCCUGGCCGAGCUUUGGGAACCUUGAAGGGUGCCGCCAGGAUGGGGAGGGCAGCUGGAGCAUUGGAAUCUAUAAGGGUCCCCACCCGUGGGCGCUCGUGCCCCUGGAAAAUGUGGUCCCGCGUAUCGACACGGCCGCUGCGUGGCCCGUGGCUAAUCCGGUGCUGACGUGCGCGUCGGUGUCGGACGCUCCCAGCAACUUCGUGGCGGACCCGUUCCUGUUCCAGGGCAGCAACGGCGUGCUCUACCUGUUCUACGAGACCAAGAACAGCGACACGCAGCAGGGCGACAUCGGGGUGGCCGAGAGCCGCGACGGGGGUGCAUCGUGGCAGCACCUGGCGGUCGUGCUCGACGAGCCGUGGCACCUCUCGUAUCCCUUCGUCUUCGAGCAUGAGGGCGAGAUCUACAUGAUGCCCGAGGGCAGCUCCCACGGCGACCUCCGCCUGUACAGGGCCCUUUCUUUCCCGACCCGCUGGGCCUUUGAUCGCGUCGUGCUCAAGCGGCCCAUGGUCGACGCAUCCCUCCUGUCCCACAAUGGCUCCUGGUACCUCUUCUCCGCUGACAAGACCCGCCCCGGCGUCGCGCGCAACGCGUUCCUCGAGAUCUGGCACUCGUCCUCCCCGCUCGGCCCCUGGGAGCCCCACCGUCAAAACCCGUUCCUGUACGAGGACCGCAGCAUGGGCGCGCGCAUGGCGGGCCGCCCUUUCUCAGACGGGGUGAACCUGUACCGCUUCGGGCAAGACUGCGGGAUCACAUACGGCGGCGCGGUGCGCGCGUUCCGGAUCGAUGCCCUCAGCCCGGACGAGUUUGCGGAGACGGAGGUGUCGUGGUUCGGCCCGCCGCAGAAGGGCGGCAAGCUGUGGAACGGCGUGCGGCACCACCACGUAGACGUGCAGCGGCUGCCGUCGGGCGACUGGAUCGCGGCCGUGGACGGGGACCACGUGCCGUCGGGCGCCAAGUCGCGCGUGUUCCUGCGCGGCCUGCUGUGCGCCAUCGGCUUCUGCGUGCUCAACACGCUCCUGCUCGCGGCCUGCAAGGCAGUCCCGCUGCACCGCUCCGCCAAGACGCUCCUGCGCCGCAUGUGGGGCCUGCACCGCGCGCUUCCGGGGCACUUCCCGUCCGGGCACUACAGCCCCAACGGGAGCUACCACAACGUAGCCGCCUUCAAGGGCGGCCUGGUCCGGUCCAAUUCCGGUGGGAUCACCCACCGGCUUGUCUCCUCCCCCCUGCUGUGCUGGCCCUUCCCAAGCCUGCAAACCCUGCGGCCGCCCCUGCUGCCCAAGGGGAAAGGCGCGAGCGGAGCGCAGUGGCGGCGGUAUACGGCGUACCUGUGCCUGGGGGCGGUGUUGGUGUGCUCGGGGCUGCUGGUGCUGGGGGUGGGGGAGCUGUUCUACUCGCUGCUGGGCAACAGCAGCAGCAACAUGCCGUACCCGGUGCACGGCCAGUUCUCCAAGUUCUCCCUCCUCUGCAUGAGCUACGACGCGCGGAUAGCCAACCUUAAGCUGUUUGUGCGGCACUACUCGCGCUGCUCCUCAGUGGGCGAGAUUGUCAUCAUCUGGAACCACGGGUUAGUGCCUAACCUCACCGAGUUUGACUCGGCAGCGCCGCUGCGGAUCCGGGCCGAGGAAGUCAACUCGCUCAACAACCGGUUCAGGCCCGACCCACUCAUCCGUAAUCGCGGGGUAAUGGAGUUAGACGACGACGUCUGGAUGUCGUGCGGAGACCUCGAGCGGGGCUUUGCGCAUUGGCGCAGACACCCCGAGCGGAUUGUGGGCUACUACCCACGCUUGGCCGACGGGAAGCCGCUGACCUACCGGGGGGAGCAAUACGCGUUUGAGCGGGGGCGAUAUAACGUGGUGCUGACCGGCGCGGCGUUUCUCGACAGCGAGACCGCGUUCCCGCUCUACUUCAGCGAGGAUUAUCGGCGGGUGCGCGAGAUCGUGGACGACCUGUUCAACUGCGAAGACCUCGCGCUCAACUACGUGCUCGGGAUGAGGGCGAGGGAGCACACGACCAUCGAGUACGUGCGGCCGAACCUGCGGGUGGACUUGUCGAAAGUGUCGAGCGUCGGCAUCAGCCGGAACUCGGAGGAGCAUGCGCGGCGGCGGUCGCAGUGUUUGCAGCGACUGGCGCAGCACUUCGGGCGGGAGGCGCCGCUGGAGAGCCGGCGACUAAGGGCGCCUCGGCCGAACUACUUCCCGGCGUUGUCCCCCUGGCGAGAGUCGGCCUGGGGGUGGAAGUCGGAAGGGCACUUCGAAGGACGGAAACAUGGGCACAGGGGCCACGGAGAGCACAGGUGGCACGGGGAGCACGGGUGGCAUGGGGCCCGGGGCGGAAAUGUAUAGCAGCUGAGAAACGUUGUAAACAGGCAUAAGCCUGGAUCAAUUGAGUCUUAGAAAUAUACAAUCGAGUCGAUUGACCUGCGAAAUGGAGAUAUUAGAGAACACUAGGUAAGCCCAAGACAAAUAUUGACUCAAUGUGUGUCAGGAGACGUUUUCAGUCAUACUGCCGGCCAAAACGGGCCCUUGAAGUGCCACAUUACGUAGUAUAUAGCUCAUUAAGCUAGAGAGAGCGUUCGAAAUGAGACGCAAACCUGUUUUCGCAACUGAAACUUAGUUGCCUUCAAUCGAG